AUGAUGGAGUCGCAGUUUGCUAGGAUAGCUUGGUCCCGUUCAGUGGAGAGAGCAUCAUCCAAAUCAGUCAUGACCCCGGGAUCUCGAUCGUUGAGAGGGCUAUGCAUAUCCUGCAGAUCCAGACCACUUAAUUCUACUCGAUUAUCCAUUGUCGCGCGAACCCAACGUUCCAACAUGUCUACGGAGGCCACUCCUCCAAAAUUCCCCUUCUCUCGCCCAUCUGGAGCUAUUCCCCCACUGGAAUAUGCGAAGCUGAGAGCCACGAACCCCAUUUCUAGAGUUACUCUUUGGGAUAACAGUCAACCAUGGCUUGUAGUCAAGUACAAGGAUAUCUGCAGCGUUCUUACGGACCAGCGCCUGUCCAAGGAACGAACACGCGCUGGGUUCCCAGAAAUGAAUGCUGGAGGGAAAGAGGCUGCUAAAAACCGCCCAACAUUUGUAGAUAUGGACCCUCCAGACCACGGGCGUCAGAGGAGCAUGGUUGCUUCACUUUUCACCAGGGAGCAUGCUGAGACGAUUCGGCCACAUAUCCAAGCCACGGCUGACACUCUUCUCGAUGAAAUGAUAAAGAAGGGUUGUGAGAAGCCUGUAGAUUUGGUCCCAAAUUUUGCUCUACCGCUACCAUCAUACAUAAUAUAUGGGAUGCUGGGUGUGCCAAAAGAAGAUCUCGAAUAUCUCACCCAAUGUAACGCCGUCCGUAGCAAUGGAAGUUCCACCGCUGCAGCUGCAUCUAAUGCUAAUAAAGAGCUCCUGGACUACAUCGGCAACUUGACUGAUAAACGGCUUGAAAACCCAGGACAGGACAUGAUUAGCAAGCUUGUAGUGGAACAGCUCAAACCUGGCCACAUUGACCGAUUGGAUGCCAUACAAAUCGCCUUUUUGAUGCUUGUUGCCGGAAAUGCCACUCUGGUGAACAUGAUAUCGCUUGGCGUCGUCACUCUUCUCCAACAUCCCGAGCAAUUGGCAGACCUCAAAGCCAAUCCAUCUCUCGCGCCCAAAUUUGUUGAAGAACUCUGCCGCUUCCACACGGCAUCAGCGAUGGCCACGAGGCGGGUUGCGAAGGAGGACAUCAUGCUUGGCGGUCAUCUCAUCAAAGCAGGCGAGGGAAUAAUUGCUGCCACCCAAUCCGGCAACCGAGAUGAAGAUGUCUUCCCAGACCCAGAUGUCUUCAAUAUGCACCGCCAGCGCGGUUCUGAGCUAGCUCUAGGUUACGGAUACGGUGAACAUGUGUGUGUCGCUGAGGGACUGGCUCGAACUGAGCUUGAAGUUGUUUUCUCAACGCUAUUCCAACGACUACCAAACUUGAAGCUUGGGAUCCCACUAUCUGAAGUCAAGUAUUCUCCACCAGAUGGUGAUGUUGGCAUCACGGAGCUGCCUGUGGUUUGGUAA